CAUUACGUAGCACUAUUUCCGGCCAAGGAGAAAUGGCGGGUGAGAAUAGAGAUACAAUGGAAGAGCUUGAGGAUGGAGAGUUGUCUGGAUCUAAUUCCGACUCAGAAAUGGGAUCAAAUGCGGAUCGUCGUGGACAGAUGUCUUCAGCCUCAGCAUUCACUAACCAGUCCUUCCAGAGCCGUGCUCCAGCUCAGCCAGCCCCGUCUGCCACUGGCUAUCGCAACAUGCCUGCCGCAGUCUCCUCCGGCAGUGAUUCUGACUCCGACGAAGACGCCACACUGUGGCGAACAAAGCGACAGAAGUGCUCGCACGCUCCCCCGCCCCCCUCGGCCAGGACCCCAGCGCUGCCCUUCGGUGCGUCUGCUGCCUCUGCGCAGGCAGGCCGCAAGGUGAACAACAUCUGGGGCUCCGUGGUGCAAGAGCAGAACCAAGACGUGAUGGCGACCGAGCUAGGCAUCAUUGGCUUGGAAGGGGACCUGGACAUGCAAAGCAGGCAGAGCGAGGCCUACAACUACGUGUUUGCCCGCAAGAUGAUGGAGCGCGAGCGAGAGCUAGAGAGAGAGCGGCAGGAGCAGGACGAGUCGGCCAUGUUGGACGACGAGCUAGAGGACUACAUGAAGAAAAAGGGGCCCAGUGACGACCACGACAGCCAACUGAAGAGGAAGAGGUCCGCCAAGGAGAGGCUGGGCCCCAGGGCCGAGAUGGACUUCCAGGGCCGCUAUGAGGUCACGGAGGACGACCCAAAGGAGAAAGUUAUUGAUGAGAUCGCUCACAGACUAAUGGAGCCCAAAAAGGAUCUUAUAGAGCGUGUGGUGAACGUUAUUGGAAAUAAGAAAGCUAUUGAACUCCUGUCAGAGACUGCAACUAUAGAACAAAAUGGUGGCCUGUACACUGUGGAUGGAAGCAGAAGACGAACGCCUGGGGGUGUAUAUCUGAAUCUUCUAAAGAACACACCAAGCAUCACACAUGAACAAGUCAAGGAGAUAUUCCAAGAGGAGAACCAGAGAGAAUGCCAGAGCAAGAAGGCUGCGAAGAAGCGACGGCGACACAUUGUGGCCAAAAAGAUGAAGCAGGCUCUCAACACCCUCGACCUGCAGGAGCACGACGACGUCUCCAGAGAGACGUUUGCCAGCGACACCAACGAGGCUCUGGAAUCUCUCGAGGAAGUUCCGGAAGACACCGUGGAACCUCCCAUAGGUACAGAGGACACGCCUGUGGUCUAUAACUCUAAUGACCUGGAGGUCUUUUGAUCCGACUGGACUAUGUGCUUGCAUCUUGUGGGCAAACUCAGACUGUGACAUUGCUGUUGCCCUGACGAACAAAACAAACAAAAUGGCCAUCAUUAGACCAAACGGACAUACUGCCCCACACAGCUCUAGAGAGCCUCUGGCUAGUGAGCAUGACCCUUCAUGAAAGCACUGAAUUUCUUCUGAAGUUGUGGUUAGAAAGCUACUUGCGUCCUUUGGAUAUCUCUGGUGGAAGGUUCUGUAGAAAUGCAGAAGGCAGGAAUUGGUUUUGAAGCAUCUUUUAUGAGAAUCUCUCAUCUUCCAAAAUGAUAUAGAAAAACUUCUGCUUCCCUUGUGCGUACACUACUUGUGGUAGAAUUUCGUAGAAAGGACAAUGCAAUGACAUUCAGCCAUGUCCAAGUACAGUGUAUGAAACAAUCUGAAAGCUUUAUCCAUCAACUUACAUUGGGUGCACUUUUAUUUGUACAAAAGUGGCGUUCAUGUUCAUGUUUCAUUACUAGUCAGAAAACCUUUGUAUGACUUAAACGUGUGCGUGUAUAUCUGGGAAAGCUGAAUGCUAAUUAACUGCUGAUAUAACCGUGAUCUGUUGUAAGGUGUCAAACACUGCACAUAUUUGUGUGUAUAAGUGUAUUUUGUUUUUCCAAUUUGUCAUGAAUAUAAAAGAGUUGAAGGAGCACAGCAGUCUCCAUAAGAAAGCACUAAUUACUAAUUCAGUAUGAUCUGUUUUGAAUUUGAAAAAAAUAUUUUUUACGUCAUUCCUUUCAAAAGUCUUUGACAACCGUGUCUCACUUUGAUGAACAUUGUGGAAGGUCAUAAAAGACUGUCAGUUGAGUUGCAUGACAUUGCAGCUGAUUACACAUUAAAAUCUGUCCUUUGUUUUGCCGACACAAUCAAA